AUGGCGCCCACACUGCGCAAGAAGACGCAAGAGAAAACUGAAGCCAGCGCCAAAGCUGCCCAAGAUGCAGGCUUCGUACCUAGGCCACGAAAGACCUUGACUCGCAAACAACGCUACACGCGCAACAAAGGCCUAGUCAGCAUGAAGACGCCCAUGGCCUUGCAAAGCAUCACUGUCGACAAUGCUACGAACUCACCUCUUCUGCGCCUCCCACCUGAGAUCCGGGCCAUGAUCUGGAAGUUCGCUCUCCGUUCAACCUAUGGGUGGAUUGACCUCUACUACAACAGUAUUAAGCAAAUUUCACGAAGCGGGACUUCAACCCGAGCUUGCGAGACUGAACUUCAGGAUCUCUCCAUCAGCCUUCCUCGGGUCUGCCGUUCGAUCUACUCUGAGACGGCGACCAUGAUAUACAGUGAGAACACUUUCGCCUUCCAAGCUGAGCAUUCUAUGAAGAAGUGGCUCUCUAAACGCUUGCUUGCACAACGCGAAGCCAUCCGUUACAUGAUGCUCCCAUGUAUGGUCUACGACGGAGAGGACUUGGCUUUCUUAGACAGCAAAGCGGAAAUCCAAGAGCGUGUAGCUUUGAUGUGUCCGAACUUUGUGGAGAUGAAGGAGGAUGACUGCCUGGACGAAUGUCUUUGUUAUACACCUGCUAUGUACAUCAUGGAUCGACGGAGCCGAGAGAUGCAUCCAAGCUCUGGAGACGAAGAACCUUACGAUCACAGUGAUCUUGAUGAAAGUGACAGCUGGUAG